AUGUCGUCCAAGGUCAAGGCUGGUCAGCUCUGGGGAAAGAACAAGGAGGAUCUCCACAAGCAGUUGGAAGAGUUGAAGACCGAGCUUAACCAGCUCCGCGUCCAGAAGAUCACCAACGGUGGUAACUCCAAGACUCUGCGCAUCCACGAUGUCCGCAAGUCUAUCGCCCGUGUCCUGACCGUUAUCAACGCCAACCAGCGCGCUCAGCUGCGUCUCUUCUACAAGGGCAAGAAGUACACCCCUCUUGACCUCCGCCCCAAGCUCACCCGUGAGCUGCGCCGCAAGCUCACCAAGUUCGAGGCUACCCGCACUACUGAGAAGCAGCGCAAGCGCCAGAUCCACUUCCCCCAGCGGAAGUACGCUGUUAAGGUAUGA